AUGGAAGAGAAGCAAAGAGAAUCUUUCCAUCAAUAUGGAUCGCUGGAGCGGGUACAAUUGAGCACAAGCAGCCACAAAGCAGAGGAGGACGUUGUGUCUAUGGCAGACUCCAGCAUCACUGUGGACGACAUCGAAGGCGAACUCUUCAAGAUUGACCGCAUUAGAGACAUUCUAGUCCGGAGAGAGUCAGAGCUCAGAUACAUGAUGGAUGACAUUCAGCUGUGCAAGGAGAUCACUCGACUGAAAAAGGAACUCCAAAAAUUAGUUUCCCUACCAGACAACGACAAGUCCAAAGAGGAUCGACAAAAGGAAGAAGAACUUCUACAGCAGAUCCAUAAACUAGUGGAAACCAGAGACUUCCUGGUGGACGAUGUAGAAUUUGAAAGACUCAGGGAGAAAGAAGAAGAUAAAGAAAUGGCAGAUUUUCUGAGGUCCAAAUUUCCAAGACACUUGCAGAAAAAAGGUAGACUGAGCAGGCAAGCACCAUCCAGGGCUCAGCAGAACUCCUCUCCCUUUGCCAAAACAGGCCUCACCCUGCUGAAGGAGUGCUGUGGCUUCACCUGCUCCAUCAUGUAA